CAGCAGCAGUCUCUUCCCAUGGAUCCGCUGCACGUGGCCCCCUCAGGCCCUCGGAAGAAGAGACCCAGGCAGCUGGGUGCCUCAAUGGCCUCCCCUUCUUAUGACAUCAAGUUUGGAGAUUUGGUCCUCUUCAUUUUGGAGAAGAAAAUGGGAACCACCCGCAGAACCUUCCUCAUGGAGCUGGCUCGAAGGAAAGGAUUCAGGGUUGAAAACGAGCUCAGUGAUUCUGUCACCCACAUUGUGGCAGAAAACAACUCUGGUUCAGAGGUUCUUGACUGGCUUCAGGUACAGAACGUAAGAGCCAGCUCACAGCUAGAACUCCUCGACGUCUCCUGGCUGAUAGAAAGUAUGGGAGCAGGAAAACCGGUGGAGAUUACAGGAAAACACCAGCUUGUUGUGAGAACAGACUAUUCAGCUACUCCCAACCCGGGCUUCCAGAAGACUCCACCACUUGCUGUAAAAAAGAUCUCUCAGUACGCGUGUCAGAGAAGAACCACUUUAAACAACUGGAACCACAUGUUCACGGAUGCCUUUGAGGUAUUGGCUGAAAAUUAUGAGUUUAAAGAAAAUGAAGUCUUUUGUGUGGAAUUUACUAGAGCAGCUUCUGUACUUAAAUCUCUGCCAUUCACAAUCAUCAGUAUGAGGGACACAGAAGGAAUUCCCUGCCUGGGGGACAGAGUGAAGUGUGUCAUGGAGGAAAUUAUUGAAGAUGGAGAAAGUUCUGAAGUUAAAGCUGUGUUAAACGAUGAACGAUAUCAGUCCUUCAAACUCUUUACUUCUGUAUUUGGAGUGGGAUUGAAGACAUCUGAGAAAUGGUUCAGGAUGGGGUUCAGAUCUCUGAGUAAAAUAAGGUCGGACAAAACCUUGAAAUUCACAAGAAUGCAGAAAGCAGGAUUCCUCUAUUAUGAAGACCUUGUCAGCUGUGUGACCAGGGCCGAAGCAGAGGCAGUCGGUGUGCUGGUUAAAGAGGCCGUCUGGGCAUUUAUGCCUGAUGCCUUCGUCACCAUGACGGGAGGAUUCCGGAGGCGUAAGAAGACUGGGCAUGAUGUAGAUUUUUUAAUUACCAGCCCAGGAUCAACAGAGGAUGAAGAGCAACAACUUUUGCCGAAAGUGAUAAACUUAUGGGAAAGAAAGGGAUUACUUUUAUACUGUGACCUUGUGGAGUCGACAUUUGAAAAGUUCAAGGGGCCAAGCAGACAAGUGGAUGCUUUAGAUCAUUUUCAAAAAUGCUUUCUGAUUUUAAAAUUGCACCAUCAGAGAGUGGACAGUGACAAGUCCACCCAACAGGAAGGAAAGACCUGGAAGGCCAUCCGUGUGGACCUGGUCAUGUGCCCCUACGAGCAAUAUGCCUUUGCCCUGCUGGGCUGGACUGGCUCCCGGCAGUUUGAGAGAGACCUCCGGCGCUAUGCUACACACGACCGGAAGAUGGUGCUGGAUAACCACGCUCUAUAUGACAAGACCAAGAGGAUGUUUCUCAAAGCAGGAAGUGAAGAAGAAAUCUUUGCACAUCUGGGAUUGGAUUACAUCGAACCAUGGGAAAGAAAUGCUUAG